GUGGCUACGAAACAUCUCAGUUGCUGUGUGGAGAGAUUUGACGGAGGGACACUCCUGUACAUGGACCAUCACUGCGCUGCAAUCCGCCGCCUGCUCUCACAUGUAAUGCCUCGGUGAAAUCUGGACGCCUGGAGAACACACGCAUGCGAAGAUUUGUGUUUUUGCAUGUCAGGAGAGGAGGAACUAGUCGCCGGGUCCGCGGCUGUUUGUCUUUUCUUAUCGCUUCUCUCCCCCUAUGUCACUCUAAUUAAUCGGAGGCAUGUGGAAUCGCACCAGGAUUAGGAAUUGCUUCCCAAUAGUGUGCCUGCUGUUGACGUUAUGGACGGAGGUGUCCCAGUCAACCGGCUAUUUCGAGCUGCAGCUGAUCUCCGUGGAGAAUGUAAACGGCGAGUUGGCGGACGGGGAGUGCUGCGACGGCUCCAGGAGCUCCCAGGACCUGCGCUGCACUCGAGACGAGUGCGACACUUAUUUCAAAGUGUGCCUGAAGGAGUACCAGAUGGAGGUCACCACCAGCGGCUCCUGCACGUUCGGAGCUGGAUCUACGCAAGUUCUCGGUGGAAAUAUGUUUUCUUUUAAGAGCGCCAAGAAUAACCCGAAUAAGAUCGACGACGCUGGCAAGAUUCUGAUUCCCUUCCAGUUUGCGUGGCCGCGGACAUACACGCUGAUCAUAGAGGCCUGGGACUGGGACAACGGGACUCGAAACAAUGAGGACGAGCUGCUGAUCGAGCGCAGCAUUCACACUGGCAUGAUCAACCCUGGUGACCACUGGCAGACCAUCCUGCACGACGGCCCAGUGGCCCGUCUCGUGUAUCGUAUCCGGGUGCGCUGUGACGAUAACUACUACGGCAACAAGUGCAAUAAACUGUGUGUUCCUCGGGACGACUACUUUGGCCACUACCGCUGUGAGCCUUCAGGGGCGCAGGUGUGCCUGGAUGGCUGGAUGGGUCCAGACUGCCGGACAGCAAUCUGCAAACAAGGCUGCAACCUGUUACAUGGUGGCUGCUCUGUACCAGGCGAAUGCAAGUGUAACUACGGCUGGCAGGGCCAAUUCUGUGAUGAAUGUGUUCUUUACCCUGGAUGCGUUCAUGGGACCUGUAACCUCCCCUGGCAGUGCAACUGUGAACGGAACUGGGGUGGCCUGCUGUGUGAUAAAGAUCUGAAUUACUGCGGUCGCCAUCAACCUUGUGUCAAUGGAGGAACCUGUAUGAACACAGAACCAGACGAGUAUUACUGCGCCUGUCCACAGGGCUACUCAGGAAAGACCUGCCAGAUAGCCGAGCACGCCUGUGUUUCCAGUCCCUGCGCCAAUGCCGGUACAUGCCAUGAGGUUCCUACAGGCUUCGAGUGCCAGUGUCCGCCAGGCUGGGAGGGUCCAACCUGUGCCAACAAUCUGGAUGAGUGUGCCUCCAGUCCAUGUGCUCAGGGUGGAACCUGUGUUGACCUGGAGGAUGGCUUUGAGUGUGUGUGCCCCCCACAGUGGGAAGGAAAGACUUGCCAGAUUGAUGCAAAUGAGUGUGCAGGACAGCCCUGUGUGAACGCUUACUCUUGCAAAAAUUUGAUUGGUGGAUAUCACUGCGACUGUUUUCGGGGAUGGUCCGGCCAAAACUGUGACAUCAAUGUCAACAGCUGCCAUGGUCAGUGCCUAAACGGGGCAACAUGCACGGAGGGCCCAAAGGGUUACCACUGCCAGUGCCCUCCAGGUUUCGUGGGUGUUCACUGUGAGAUCCAGAGGAAUCAAUGUGACAGCAGACCUUGCCAGAACGGCGGCCAGUGUCAUGCAGUGUUGGACAGCUUUGUGUGUGAAUGCCCAGCGGAGUUUGCUGGACAGCUGUGUGAGAUCUCUACCUGGUCCCCCUCAGAUGCUUGUGAUCCAAACCCCUGUGAGAAUGAGGCCAAGUGCCACAGCAUGGACCAGGACUUCUACUGUGCAUGUCCUGAAGGCUACGAGGGAAAGACGUGUGAGCAGCUCAAAGAGAACUGCCAAACCACCCCAUGUCAAGUGAUUGACAGCUGCACUGUUGCUGUAGCAACCAAUGACUCUGCUGGAGUGCGCCACGUAUCCUCCAACGUGUGCGGUCCACGAGGACACUGCAUCAGCCAGCCAGCAGGAAACUUCACCUGUGUCUGUGAUGCAGGUUUCGGUGGCAUCUACUGUCAUGAGAAUAUCAACGACUGCAUCAGCAACCCCUGUAGAAACGGAGGAACCUGCAUUGACGGUGUGAACUCCUUUCAGUGCUUCUGUCCAGAUGGCUGGGAGGGUCGACUCUGCGACCUCAAUGUCAACGAGUGCAGACACAACCCCUGUAAGAACGGUGGACGCUGCGUUGACCUGGUGAACGACUUCUACUGCGAGUGUGCCGACAACUGGAAGGGAAAGACCUGCCAUUCCCGAGAGAGUCAGUGUGACGAAACCACCUGCAGCAAUGGAGGCACCUGCUAUGACCACGGGGAUGCUUUUCGCUGUGCCUGCCCACCUGGUUGGGAAGGAAACACCUGCAACACAGCCAAAAACAGCACAUGCUCCUCCAGUCCUUGUUCCAAUGGGGGGACGUGUGUGGGAGGAGGAGACACCUUCACCUGCAUCUGCAAGGAGGGCUGGGAGGGCCCCUCCUGUGGACAAAACACAAACGACUGCAACCCUCACCCCUGUUACAACGGUGGGAUCUGUGUGGACGGAGUGAACUGGUUUCGGUGUGAGUGUGCCCCUGGUUUCGCCGGACCAGACUGCAGAAUCAACAUAAAUGAGUGCCAGUCUUCACCCUGUGCCUAUGGAGCCACCUGUGUGGAUGAGAUCAAUGGUUUCCGAUGCAUCUGUCCCCUUGGUAGAACAGGAACCCGAUGCCAAGAGUUCAUAGGUAUUGGAAAGACUUGCCACUACGCUGGGCUGCAGUUUCCUCACGGCAGCCACUGGGAAGAGGAGUGCAACAGCUGCCAUUGCAUCAACGGCAAAGUGGACUGUACUAAGGUGCUGUGUGGUCGCCGUCCCUGCCGGCUCCAGUCAGCAGGACAGGACCAGAGACAACAGUCCUGCCCAGCUGGACGCGAGUGUGUGGAGCACAGCUACUUCACCUGCUUCUCCCCCCCUUGCCAUCAGUGGGGGGUUUGUUCCAUGGCUGGACCUCCACCUCCACAAGCAACCACCAAGUGCCAGCCAAACAGCGGCCAUUUGGACAACAGCUGCGGCCGUGUAACACUUGUUUUCAACAGAGACAAAGUACCACCGGGAACAACAGUGGAGAAUAUCUGCUUUGAGCUGAGGUAUCUUCCUGACACCCGAAGCUUGGCAAAAGACCAUGCCCUUCUCCUGCUCUGUGACCUCUCACAUUCAAAUCAGGAUGCUGUAGAGGUGGCUAUAUCUUUCCAUCCAGAGGACCUUCCAGACCACAGUUUGAUCCAGGAAACAGCCAGCGCCAUUGUGGGCACCUUGUCUAAGCGGCACAACAGCACCAUAAUGCUGGCAGUCAUUGAGGUCAAAGUGGAAACACAGGUCAUGCCCCCUUCAGUGGAUUAUUUGGUGCCUCUACUGUGUGUCGUCUUCUGUUUGCUUUGCCUAUUCUGCAUCAUUGUAUGCGUUUGGUGGACGCGCAAACGAAGAAAAGAGCGCGAGAGGACCGCACGUUCGGCUGCCGAUGACAACGUGAACAACCAGUGGGAGCCGCUGCGACUUGUGGUGGGACGUCAGCAGCAGCAGCAGCAACAGCAGCUGAAAGAAAGCAACAGGGAGGCUGAGCAGGAGCGCAAAAAGCUCAUGGGCCCCUCCUAUCGGACGUGUGAUGAGGGGGAGGAGGAGGAGGAGGAGACGGACGGCGAGCUUGAGCUCGAGGAGGAGUGUGGUGGAGCUGAGGCGGGAAAGCAGCUAGUUUAUAAGUACUCUAAGACUGCAGUGCAGUCCAGUGGAGGAGUGAUCUGCACCCUGCACAGCUCCAGUUCACCCCUCAAAGCACCUCACCGAACCCAAGGCUACAGCCCCAAAGACAACCGCUGGAAAAAUGUCAGUGCCGUCUUUAAUGGUCAGAAAGACCUCAGAGACCAUUGUGUAUAAAACAAUUUCAGCAAAGGACUCAAGCAAGAGAAGCUGCAAGGCAGCAACUAUUCUUAGUUUUGGACUACUUUUGGAAAGAAAAAAAAGGCUUUGUGUUAAUAAGCCAUUCUUUGCUUUGUUUUCAUGUUUUUGUCACUGUCACCUGAAGCGGUUUUUGAUUCAGGCUAGAAUACAGUGAACAUCCUUUUUUGCUACUGUUCUCUUAUUUUUCUUUAAUUGUGUACAGAAGGAGUGGAAAUGUAACAAUAUUUCAGGAGGCAAAAGAAGCUCUCUGCAAUUUUUGUUAAUGGAAUUAAACCACUUGAGAAACGGUGAAUCAUUGAAAUGGAGAAAAACAACCUGUAUAAAGAUUUUUGUUUGUUUACAGAUGUUAUGAUUUAGUUAAAUUGUCAGUGGGCUCCUGUUUAGUGUCUGAGGGGGCAGAUACACACUUAAGGGACAGAAAAGGAAGGGUUUUGAGGGAAACGGACUGUUGCAUCCACAGAAACAGAGGGAAACCCUCCUUUUGUUCUGUCACCUUCCAGCUUUGCCCAACGAUCCACCUGUGGCCGUCAUGCGCCAGCCUUACCAAAACACUUGGCCUGGAGGGGAGAGGGGACAGAAACCCCAGUGCCUACUAUGUGGCCUUCCAUUUUUUUCUCCUGUCUCUCAGUUGUCUUGGCUGAAAGCUCUGUUUGAGGAUUUUUUGCAGUAUUUGAGUUGGUAGCAAGUGCCUUUCUAAGAGCUGUGUUGAGGCUCCAAGUCAUGCUGCCCAGUUUGACCUCCUUGUUCUCAAAUCUCAAAGGGAUAUGUGUACAUUUAGAGUUCAAUUUCACAGCAACGCCAUUCAAGGUAUUUGAUCAAAACAGAAAUUAAUAGUCUGUACAUAUUUGUAAAUACUAAAGGAGUCGCUGUGUAUAUUUGAAAUAAGUAACUUAAAGACAAGUCACACAUUUUUAUUAUUAUUGUUAUUAUUAUUAUUAAUAUUAUUUUUAUUUUUUUUUACAAUGCCAUUCCUUUUAUUUAUGCCAGUCGAAAUAGGCAGGUUUUAUAACACUUAAUAUCCAGAGUCCCACAGUUAAGAACCUUUACAAUGAGGUACCACCAAUGAAGGAAUUUCUGAAGGGUUUAAAAAUGGUUUGUCAUUAAGCUGCAUUUCUUUGUUUUGUGACUAAUUCUUUAGUUACAUAAAGUAAAUUGGUGAUGCUUUUCAAUGUUCAAAUUAUAGUAUGCGAUGGAAUAACAGUCACAGGGCCAGAACAUCCCUACUUCUAUUAAAAUUGUGGUGGUAUUCUGGCUUCCCGUGGUCCAACAGUACUACUUCUAGUCCCAGUCUUCAGCUUUUUCACGUUUUUUCAAACCAAAUAUUUUUGGAGGCAAAUGAAUGACGACCCAAUUUUGCACCUAAUUUUCAUAUCAGGUAGCUUUAAAAGUUUUUCCUAUUAAAAAUUAACCAUUUCACUAUAGAACAGAAACAAUAUGAAAAUAUUCAAAGGGAAAGUCAAACUACAUUGAAUCAUGCAGAAAAACAUGUUGCUGUUAUGGUCCUUUCUCUAAUCAUAGUGACAUAAUCACUAUGAUUUUUCUGUGACAUCAUGAAGUGGGCAUGUGGCCAAAAGUAAAAGUUGUUUUUUUCCAUUGUAGUUAAUUUUCACUGGUGAUCAUAAUCACUGGUUUUAGUUGUUCAGUCAAGAUUUGAUUCAAUAAAUCAACAGUAGCUUUUGGUGGGUAGUGUUUCCAAGCUGCCUGCAAUAUAGCCUUAAAGUUUUCAAACCAUUUCUAAACCCAUCACAAACCCUUUUAGUUUAGGUGCCUUAAUGUAACGAGUAAUGCAUUAUUUGUGUUAUCAGUGGUCAUCUUUUUAUGUUGUUGGUUUGUUUUCAUUAUUAAGGAAAGUAACUCUUUAAAACAUUGUGUGGUGUAUUGUGGCGUGUUUUAUUCGCCUGAGUAAAGCACUCUCCUUGUCUCACUUUGCUAUCAUGGAGAUUCCUGGAAUAAACAAUGGAGGGUAAAAAACAAACAAAAAAGAGCAGUCCACCAUGGCAGUUUUGAGUGUUAUGAAUGUGGAUGUUAAUAGGUCAAAUGUGGACAUCAUGCAUUAGCUUCAUGUGUGGUUUCAAGGCUUUAAUGAAGGGAACAAUGUUUGCAGAUGCAGAUUUUCUUUUGUUAUCAUGCAAAUGUGUUUUUUUAAGUUACCAACUCAGUUUAAAGUUUUACCCUUUUCAUAUCAUGUCAUUGUCUCAAAACGCCAUUGUAUUUCUGUAAAUGGGACACAGCAAAAUAAAGAAUUAAAGAUGCAUCAAUGCUGGUGUUAAAAGCUGAA